AUGGAAUCCACCACCCAAGGCCUCGAGACCCCAACCCACUGCAUUGCCGACUUCUCCCUCGUCCCGAUCGGCACGCACGACACAUCCUUCGCGCAGGAAAUCGCCGAGAUCCAACGCCUCCUGCAGCGAUGCGACAUUAAGCAUCAAAUGACCUGUACCGGGACGGCCGUUGAGGGACCCUGGGACCAAGUCCUUCAGGUGAUCGGCCACGCUCACCAGCUGGUUCACAAGCGCGGUGUUGCGCGCAUCCAGACUGAUUUGAGGGUUACUACUAGAACGGACAAGGAUCAGCCGAUGGAGAACGAGAUUUUGUCUGUGGAGAGGAUCCUCACUGCUUGAAGUAUGGGUUGUUUGGGGUACUAUUGAGUGUGAUUUUCUUUUUUCUUUCGGACUUCUUGGUUCUAUUUAGUAUUUUAAUUUCUGGAUGGUUUGUGGUGUUUGUAAAAGUAGGGUUUGUUCAGAAUGCUGGAAUGAAUAUUUGGACUAUCUUUC